CAGGGAUGUGGAUGCUCCCGAUUAUUGCGCAUGCGCGCUGUACACAAAGGCCUCGAUAAACCGGCUCCAGCUGUGCAGACCAACCAUACAUCUGAGUAGGAGAUAUUUACAUGGCAUUAAAACUGUGGCACUUUAAAUUAACAGUACAUAAAAAAAAUCCCAGCUGCAUUUUGACAAGGCUAUUUGUGUGAGAGUGUUUCAGAUACUGUGGGGCCAGGCACCCAUGCAGCUCAGUGGGAACGGAAUAAUACCAGUGGAGAGAGCCAAAAUGAGCCAGGUCACAGAUUGGAGACGGCAAGCAUCAGAAAAUUUGAUGGUCAUUCAAGAUACCAGCACUGUGCCCAGUUAGAAGAUGAUUUCUCUCUCCAACAUGGGUUGAACUUCACUGUAACAGUGUGAUUAUCACACGUGAGCAACUAAAAUUAUCUCAUCUGAAAUGUUGUACUUCACCCAUUGAUGGAUUUUGUAAAUUUUUUUACAGGUUAAAAAUGACAAGGAGUUUGUCUACGGGACUCUCAAACAAAACACACCAGUUUCUCUAUCUCUCUCUAGAUACUUAAGCAGUGGAACAAGGGAUUCAGUCAACCAUCCUUCCUGCUCAGACUGUGGGGAGGGAUUCACUCAGUCAUCUGACUGACUGGCACGCCUGUUAUUUUACAAGGGGAGAGGCCAUUCACCUGCUCAGACAGUGGAAAUGGAUUCAGUCGGUCAUCUCAACUGAAGGUUCAUCAGCAAGUUCACACUGGGACAAUUCCGUUCAACUGUUCUGUGUGUGAGAAGGGAUUCAGUCGGUCAUCCCACCUGUGGACACACUGGGCAGAGGCUGCUCAUCUGCUGAAUUUGUGGGGAAAGAUUCUCUCGGUCAUCUGAUCUAAUGACUCACCAACGAGUUCACACCGGUGAGCGGCCGUUCACCUGCUCGGACUGUGGGAAGAGAUUCACUGAAUCAUCUAAGCUGAAAGUACAUCAACGAGUUCACACCGGAGAGAGGCCAUUCACCUGCUCAGACUGUGGGAAGGGAUUCACUCGGUCAUCUCACCUACUGCGACAUCAGUCAGUUCACACUGCAGAGAGGGAUUUCACCUGCUCAGAGUGUGGGAAGAGAUUCACUCGCUCUUCCACCCUACAGAGACACCAGUCAGUUCACACCAGGGAGAGGCCGUUCACCUGCUCAGUCUGUGGGAAGAGAUUCACUCAGUCAUUCCACCUGCAGAGACACCAGCAAAUUCACACUGGGGAGAAGCCUUUCACCUGCUCAAACUGUGGGAAGAGAUUCACACAGUCAUCCUACCUACAGAGACACCAGUCAGUUCACACUGGGGAGUGGCGGUUCACCUGCUCAGAAUGUGGGAAGGGAUUCACACAGUUAUCCAAACUACUGGCACACCAGUCAGUUCACAGUGGGGAGAGGCCAUUCACCUGCUCAGACUGUGGAAAGGGAUUCACUUGGUCAUCUGAUCUGCUGACACACGAGCGAGUUCACACCGGGGAGAGGCCAUUCACCUGCUGUGAAUGUGGGAAGGGAUUUGCUCGGUCAUCUGAUCUACAGAGUCACCAGCGAGUUCACACUGGGGAGAGGCCGUUUACCUGCUCAGUCUGUGGGAAGGGAUUCCAUCAAUCAUCCAACCUUCAUAGACACCAGUCAGUUCACACUGGGGUGAAGCCAUUCACCUGCUCAGACUGUGGAAAGGGAUUCACUCGGUUAUCCUCACUAUCGGCACACCAGCGAGUUCACACUGGGGAGAGGCCAUUCACCUGCUGUGAAUGUGGGAAGGGAUACACUCAGUCAUCUCAUCUGCUGGCACACCAGCGAGUUCACAGUGGGUAGAGACCGUUCACCUGCUCAGAACGUGGGAAGGGAUUCACUCAGUCAUCCAAUCUACAAAGACACUUUGGGUAAAGGCCGAUCACCUGCUCAGACAUUGGGAAGAGUUUUUCUCAUCCAUCUCCAUCAAAUGUGCAUCAUUGGGUUCACACCAGAGAGAGGCUGUUUACCUGCUGUGAAUGUGAGAAGGGAUUCACUCAGUAAUCUAAUCUUGUGACACACUACUGGGUUCACACUGGGGAGAAAGUUUCAAUAAGCUGCAUGCUGGAUAUUUGUCCACCACCGUUGCAGAAUGCAAUUUCGAGAGUGACUGUCGGUGCUGAACUCUGCAAUUAUUGCUGCGAUUCUCCACACCCAGUUCUGCACCCUGGUCACUGGGCAUGGGAGGAGUUUCUUCUACUGCAUAUUCACCUUUACUGGGACUGGAUCUGAGACAAAUAAAUCAGUUCUAUUUUAAACUUGUAUCCGGUACUUAGUGCAUUUAUAACACACCUAGUGUACAGUACAGAGUCAACUCAGCCCGGCUGGACCCUGCCAAUGAUGCAGUUUCAUGACAGCCUAUUUAAAUCCUCCCCUGUUGUUCAUCUCUCGCUCUCCCUGUGGUGAUGGGUUCCAAACAGUCACCACUCUGUGGGUGAAGAGGUUUCCCUUGAAUUUUCUGCAGACUGAAGAAGUCGAGCUGAUUGCAGUUAUAACCAUAUAACCAUAUAACAAUCACAGCACGGAAACAGGCCAUCUUGGCCCUCCUAGUCCGUGCCGAACCCUUAAUCUCACCUAGUCCCACCUACCCGCACUCAGCCCAUAACCCUCCACUCCUUUCCUGUCCAUAUACCUAUCCAAUUUUACCUUAAAUGACACAACUGAACUGGCCUCUACUACUUCUGCAGGAAGCUCAUUCCACACAGCUAUCACUCUUUGAGUAAAGAAAUACCCCCUCGUGUUUCCCUUAAACUUCUGCCCCCUAACUCUCAAAUCAUGUCCUCUCGUUUGAAUCUCCCCUACUCUCAAUGGAAACAGCCUGUUCACGUCAACUCUAUCUAUCCCUCUCAAAAUUUUAAAUACCUCGAUCAAAUCCCCCCUCAACCUUCUACGCUCCAAUGAAUAGAGACCUAACUUGUUCAACCUUUCUCUGUAACUUAAUUGCUGAAACCUAGGUAACAUCCUAGUAAAUCGUCUCUGCACUCUCUCUAAUUUAUUGAUAUCUUUCCUAUAAUUCGGUGACCAGAACUGCACACAAUAUUCCAAAUUUGGCCUUACCAAUGCCUUGUACAACUUUAGCAUUACAUCCCAACUUCUGUACUCAAUGCUUUGAUUUAUAAAGGCCAGCGUUCCAAAAGCCCUCUUCACCACCCUAUCUACAUGAGACUCCACUUUCAGGGAACUAUGCACAGUUAUUCCUAGAUCUCUCUGUUCCUCUGCAUUCCUCAAUGCCCUACCAUAGUUCUGUCUGAGAUGUUCUUCGCCCCUCAAAUCUCUGGGCUGAAGAAGAAUGACAUUGGUAGUUAAACUCCUUAAUCACAACUAAUUUCCACAUUACGGGUCAUUUUCCCUGCUUCUAAAGGGUUGUUAGAGAACAUCACUGUCCUCUAAAGUCUGAAAACAGAAUGGGAAACCAUCAGUUGGAUGUUCAACUGAGCAGGGUCAGAAACCAGAGGCAGGUCUGCACAGGGCAGAGUUUGGGGCUCUGGGCAAUGGUCGGGGUAAGAACAUAUGAUGAGGAGAAGGGUAUCAGCAGCGGGGCAUGGCAACAAAUGUCAGAGUAACAACAUUUGGAAGCUGAUUGACAGAGACAAUCAGUCGAUUGUCUGACUGAUGACACGAACAAUGGCUGUGGUGAGGUUCUCCACAGGUUGAGGAACGUGUGUGUUGGGAAUGGUUUUGUCUAUUGAGGGAGUUGUUCCUGCUUGUUUAUCCUGCAAUAUGAUAUCCAGAUGGUUAUUAUGGACUGUCCUAUUUGAAAUAAUGUAUUGAUUAUCAUAUAAUUUGUAAGAUCUUGACUCUAAAACUGGGUCAGACUUGAAUUUAUGGUGUCUUUAUUCAGUUAUGGAGGGCAUUGAUGAGUUUUUAUUUUAAAACAAGGUUUUGGUGAAUGAUACUUGCCACUUGAUUGUACCUUUGUAAGUAAUCAGAUUGAGUUAAACUGCUGUGGGAUCCUGGAAUGUGUUGGACUGUGUCUGGUUUCUCUUGGCAUUUUCUGCACUUACUGCCUUGUUUGUUUGUAUUUCAUGUAUUUUUGUGUUUUUUUUUCCUUUUUUUAACCACCUUGUCCUGUAUUUCUGCAAGGGGCCCCUCUGUUUCUGGGAAGAGGACUCCAACUCUCAGUCAGGUGCUCGAUGCUUCCUUGUCACCAUCUAGUCUGCUCAGAUCAUUGGGAUGUCUCUCCUGGAGGGACAUACUCAUUCCACUGGUUAAUGUUUUCUUCCAGAGUGGUGAUUUAUUUUUCUGAUUCGGCCUCUCUUUUAAGCUUUCUGGUCUGUAUUUCUAAUCACAAUUACAUAUACACACAUGGAGUGCUGAGUCCUGCUCACUUUUGAUGAAAAUAUAUACUUAGAAGUUUUAUCUGACUGUUGUCUAAUUUUUUUUCAUGUGUGUUAUUCCUCUUCCUCCUUGUAUUCAAGGUCGUGUUAAUCUAAAUGUGUCACUGCUGAUGAAGGGUUUCAGCCCAAAACAUCGCCACUCCCUCCUCCCACAGAUGCUGUCUGGCCUGCUGAGUUCUGCCAGCAUUUUGUGUUUUUAUUUAUUUCCAGCAUCUGCAGAUUCAUUCGUGUCUGAGUGUGAAUAGACUUUUCUAAAGUUCUUUUUUAUCUUUGUAAAUUCUACUGAUUGAAAUUGGACCAAGAUAUUUUUAUUAAAAAAUGUCAAUGUUGGUAUUGAUG